UAAAAGCCGAUAGUUGAUGUCGAGUUAUUUUUCAAGUUGUAAAAUUUUUCAAGUUCAUGAGUUUAUAAAUUAUUAUUCCAUAAUUUUCACUUACAUUACAGCAUAAGCGCAUUACAAGAAUAAUUAAACUACUAGACUUUAAAAUAUUCAUAAUGGCAACAAACUCGUGUCUUUUAAUUUUAAUACUAGAAUUGGUUUUUUAUUUAACGACUGUGGCAUCAUCUCCAUUAAUUGAUAUACUUGUAUUUAGACCUAUUGCCGACGAGGUUAGAAAUGAAGUCGGUAAGUUGGAUUUUCCAAAUGAUACAAAGGUUGCGUUAUUGAAUCAAUACAUCAAUGUUGGGAACUAUUCAAAGGAUUUCAUUAAACUGCUGAACACUUACAAGACGUUUAAGAACCCUCCCAUCAAUUUUAAUGAUGACGAAAUAAGAUUAUUGACUACCAGCAACACACAAGAUUCACUAUAUGAUAAAAUACUCGCCCAAUUGAAAUACUACCGCAAGGGUCAAGAAAUUCAGUGCGCACAAUAUGUGACGUUGCAUUACAAGUUAUAUUUUGACACCAAACGCAAUACUAAAGAUAUUUCUGAGCAUGUAUACAAUAUGAUAGCGAUGGCAUACAAAGGGAAAUUCAUAGUAUUUAAAUGGCUUUGGGAAUUAUAUAUCAGCCUUUGGUCACCGACUACGGAUAAUGCGGUACAACCAUUGAAUAUGAUCGCGGAUGAUCUAGAAAAGUUUCGAAGACCUUUAAGCCAUUUGGAAGGAUUGUGCGUGCAACAUAAAUAUAUUCCAGUCAUAGAUAGUUCAGCAAGUAGGCCAAAACAGAUUGAAGAAGUUAUAAAAAUGAUAACAGAAGAAGUAAAUACGAUUUUGGCAAGUUUACUUGAAAGUACUAAUAAAAUUGAAUUGGCCGACCUUUCAGACAUUAACACGCCAUCAUCACGUUCUGAUUUUUUAGACGAAAUUGAAAAGCAAUUAACUGAAAUCGGACGACAGUUUAAUGGAAUGUUAGACGGAUUAACAUUUGAUGUUCUAUUGUUCUUUAUAAACGGAAGUAAAAAUACACAGCUUGCUGUGUUUCCUGAAAAUUGA